AUGAUCGAUAAACCCUCCCUCAGAAUCGGAAAUGUCUCCGGCGCAACAGGCGACCACCCGCACGCCAUGGCGCGCAUGCUGCGCUCCGGCAACGUCCAAGUCAUCACGGGCGACUGGCUCUCCGAGAUGAACAUCGCCUGGAACGCAAUCACCAAACGCGACGUCGACCCGAACCUCGGCUACGAGAACGGCUUCUACGAACAGCUCGAAGAAUGCAUCGACGACAUCAUGACCAAGGACGUUCGCGUCGUGACGAACGCGGGAGCGCUCAACACCGUUGCGUUAUUCGACAAGAUCAAGGAGCUGUGUAAGAGGAAGGGAUGCCCCGAGAGCGUAGUUGCCGCUGUUCUGGGGGAUGAUGUCUCGGGGUUACUCCAAGAUACAUCGAAGAGAGGGGAUCUAACGUUCCCAAACUUGGAUCAUCCGGAGACGACUCUCGAUGACUGGGGUUUCGAGCCGUGUUGUGGCAAUGCGUACAUCGGAUGCUGGGGAAUCGUGGAGGCUCUCAGAGCAGGCGCGCGCAUCGUAGUCUGUGGACGAUGUACCGACGCUUCGCCAGUAAUGGGCGCUGCGGCGUGGUACUACGGCUGGAGAGAGGACCAACACCAGGAACUGGCUGGUGCCCUGCUCGCGGCGCACUUGAUCGAGUGCGGUCCGUACGUCGUGGGCGCCAACUUCUCCGGCUUCAAAGAUUUCCUUCCAGAGCUGAUCGAUCUCGCGUUCCCUGUUGCUGAGAUUGAUCGUGACGGCGAGUGCGUUAUCAGCAAGACUGCCGAGGGCGGCGGCCAUGUUACGCGACAGACCGUCACGGCACAGCUGCUAUAUGAGCUGCAGGGCCACCUCUACCUCAAUCCUGACGUGGUUGCCGACUUAUCCAACGUCCGCGUCGAGGAGCAAAAGGAUUCUGGGGAAGAUCGUGUCAGAGUAUGGGGUGCUAAAGGCCUUCCGCCUCCACCAACCACGAAAGUCAUGUUCGCUGCCGAAGGCGGAUACCAAGCUGAGGCGACAUUCUAUAUCAACGGACUUGACGUGAACGAGAAAGUGGCCGUGAUGAAGAACCAGCUGGGACAUCUCUUCAAGGACAGCAACUUCAGCAGGCUGAGUAUCGAGCAGUACGGCACAGAAGCCCAGAACCCCAGCUCUCAGCAGGCCGGCACCGUGCAUCUUCGUGUCUUUGCGCAAGCGCGCAGGAAGGAGGAUAUUGCAGCCGUCAACUUCAAGGUUCCCAUUUAUGCUGUGAGAAUGCAGAGUUACCCCGGCUACCACAUGUCGCUAGAUUUCCGGACCAUGGAUCCAAAGCCGUUCAUGGAGAUAUUCCCGGCGCUGAUACCUCAAUCGGCUAUCGACCACCAAGUGCUUCUGGGCUCAGGAGAGCUGAUCUCCAUUGCUCCGCCUCAGAGCACAGCGGUAUACAAGGUUGAAAGGCCGUCCGCCGACACGUUUGAACAGAUCGACAUCAUCUCCCUGGGUCCGACAGAGUUCGCGCCCUUGGGCAGCAUUGUCCACGCUCGUUCUGGAGACAAGGCCGAUAACUCGAACGUGGGCUUCUUCGUUCGCAACGAAGAUGAGUACCCCUGGCUGCGGACUAUCUUGACCGUGGGUCGGCUUAAGCAGCUGCUGGGUGACGAUUGGUACAAGAAUAAUCCAGAGCGGAGGGUCGAACGGGUUGAGUUUCCCGGGAUCAAUGCUGUGCAUUUCCGGAUACUGGACAACUUGAAUGGAGGAAUUGCAUCCUCCGAUAGGAUAGAUGGCUUGGGCAAGGGAAUUGCGGAGUACUUACGGAGUCGAUACGUCGAGGUGCCACGAACAUUCUUGAAACGUGGUCGGAUUUGA